AUGGGCAAAUCAAGAAGCAAUCCAAAGCCUCUGAGAAUCCCAAAACUGAAGGGAAUUCGAAAGAGAAAUUGGGGAAAAUGGGUGUCGGAAGUGAGAAUCCCCAAUUCCAGAACUAAAAUUUGGUUGGGAUCGUACGAGACGGCAGAGCAGGCAGCCCGCGCUUACGAUUUUGCUCUGUAUGUCUUGAAAGGCCCAAAUGCCACCUUCAAUUUCAUCAAAUCUCCAACUGAAAUUUCGCCGGUUUCUUCGCUUUCGCAGCAAGAGAUUCAGGCGGCCGCCGCCAAUUUUGCCCUGCGGAAAUUCCCGGAAGUGCCGCAUAUAAAUACUGCGGAAGGGGGAGAGAUUUUAGGCCACGUUUCAGAAGUUGAAUCUCCAUUUGCCGAAGAAGUUCCGGGUGAGAAUGAAAUGGUUUUUUGGGAUUCCGUGCUGAAUGGAGAUUGUUCAGACUCGGAUGUUGUGGAAAUGGCGGAUCUGUCGUUUCCUUCCCCUGUACAGCAACAUGGGGGAAUCAUAUUGGAUCAAGUUGAGUGGUGGGAAUUUUCAAGAACUGCCUCCACAUUGUAA